AGAAAAUAUGUGCAAUAAGAGGGAAAAUCCGAUGGGCGUAGCAAGGUUGACCGGCGGCCUAUACAUAUAUAAAAUAGUGCAAUCCGCACUAUUUGUCACUUCUUGUUUGUGUGCAACCGACGAGAAAAACAACCAUGAAUUCCUUGGGUUUAGCCGUUUUCUUAGUAACAGUAGCUAUCGCUAGCGCUGGAUUACACGCCGGUAUCGUAGGCGGCGUCGGCAGUCCAGCCAUUAUUAGUGGCCCAUCCGGUGCUGUUGUUCGAAGCGGAGUUGCCCAUGGAGCUGUCGUUGCUGGACCUGCUCUGGGUCUCGGUCUUGGUCUUGGACACCUUGGAGUGGUAGCUCCUGGUGUUUUGGCUCCUGGUCUCGGCCUAUUGGGAGCCCACGGAUGGGAAGGAUCAGGUAUCGAGGGUCAAUGGAUUCCAGACAUCAACGAGCAUUUGUACGAUGAUGGUAGCUACAAGCCUCACAUCUAUGGUCAUUAGAACUUUAAUAAGAAAAUUAUUAUGAACUGAUAUUCUAUGAAUGUUUGAUAUAUUUUAUGUAUAUACCUAUAACAGAUUGUAGUGAUGUAAUAAAGUUUUAUUGAACGCC